AGGGGCCGGCAACAGGGCUCGGGCUCGCGGUGCACUGGUUAGCUCACGCCCCAUGGCAACAACGGUGGUCUUUGCAUUGGCGGGCAACGACAGAGCCGGAUCCUCUUCACAACGCCCAUCCUCUCCAUUCGCCGGGGCAGCAGGGGCCGGCAGCAGCACACUUGAGACGACACCGACAAGAGGGACGGGGGCGGCAUGAGUCCGGACAGAAGCAGAUGUUGACGCAGGAUUGAGAUGGGGCGUGCACGAGGCCUUCACACCCCCAUCCUCCCUCCUGAAUCUGCAAGCUGGCGGCAGCGGCCGCGGUCGAGGGACAACGCCAGCAGCCGGGAUGGUGCUUGCAGCCCAAGUGCACGACCCUACUCCUGCCUUGGUCUCCACGACGCUAUCAGCCCGGGAUGACGAUGCAGACGGCGGAAGGACGACGGCUGCAACAGCCGGAGACGCCGCCGGAGCGGCGGCCGCCGCGGAGGCCUCCUCGAGCGGCAUCGCAGGGCGAACCGGGGCGCAGGGCGGCGCUGAGGACGUGGGAGAGCGCGCCUCGGGGCACCCGGAUCCGGUCACAGCGGCCGCAACGGAGCACGGAGGCCGGAGAUCCGUGCGUCGGUGGCGCGCGCCCAGCCGCCACUUGCACGGACGCGACAGCACCAUCCUUCCCAUCUGCUUGACGUCGGGCUGAGCCUCGCAGGGAGAAGAGAGAGGGCAAGCAGGGGACUCCGGAUCUGGCCUCGGCAGCUGCAGGGGUAGCCGGAGAAGGGAGAUCGAGUCGCCGGCGCCGGGGGCGCUCACCCGACGCGGGUGCGGUCGCGGGAGCCCAUGGGCACUAGCGGGCAGUCGGAAGUGUCGCUUACCUCUAUUUAUUACGAUGACACGCCGCUCCCUCAUCCCCAUCACUCUCUGCUUACACCACUCGUACACACACUAACCACUCUGCUGCACUCGCUGCCGGCCUCGGCUCCCAUGGCGUCCGGCCAUUUCCAAGUGGAAGCGGCGCUGCUGAUGCUUCCGCUGGUAAUGCUGGCGCUCAACUCGGGCGGCGCUGCUGGUGCGGUGGUGCCGGCGGUGAUCGUGUUCGGCGACUCCACGGUGGACACGGGCAACAACAACCAGAUCGGCACGACGCUGCGGUCCGACUUCCCGCCCUACGGCCGCGACAUGCCGGGCGGCGCCCGCGCCACGGGGCGGUUCGGCAACGGGCGGCUGCCUCCGGACUUCAUCUCCGAGGCGCUGGGCCUGCCGCCGCUCGUCCCGGCGUACCUCGACCCGGCCUACGGCAUAGGCGACUUCGCGCGCGGCGUCUGCUUCGCCUCCGCCGGCACCGGCGUCGACAACGCCACCGCCGGCGUCCUGUCAGUGAUCCCGCUGUGGAAGGAGGUGGAGUACUACAAGGAGUACCAGCUCCGCCUGCGCGCGUACGCCGGCGCCGAGCGCGCCCGCGCCAUCGUCCGCGGCGCGCUCCACGUCGUCAGCAUCGGCACCAACGACUUCCUCGAGAACUACUACAUGCUCGGCACGGGCCGCUUCGCCGAGUACACGGUGGCCGAGUUCUCCGACUUCCUCGUCGCCGGCGCGCGCCGCUUCCUGUCGGAGAUCCAUCGCCUCGGCGCGCGCCGCGUCACCUUCGCGGGGCUCACCCCCAUCGGCUGCCUCCCGCUGGAGCGCGCCGAGAACAUGAUCCACGGCGGCGGCUGCAUCGAGGAGUACAACCGGGUGGCCAGGGAGUACAACGCCAAGGUGGAGGCCAUGCUGGGGGGACUCCGCGCCGAGCUCCCGGACCUCAGGCUCGCCUACGUCCCCGUCUACGACACCAUGCUCGACCUCGUCACCAACCCGGCCAAGUUCGGGCUGGAGAACGUGGAGGAAGGGUGCUGCGCCACGGGGAGGUUCGAGAUGGGGUUCAUGUGCAACGACGAGGCGCCCAUGACCUGCGCCGACGCCGACAAGUUCCUCUUCUGGGACGCAUUCCACCCCACGCAGAAGGUGAACCGGAUCAUGGCCAACCACACCAUCGACAUCUGCUACCAGCAAGGCCUCCUCUGAACGUGUGAUCGACCAUCGUACAUUAGAAACGCAAUUGAUCCGCCGACUAUUUUGUGGAGUGAAAAAUUGUUUCAAUAUGUCACGUACAUGCAUGGGGCAGAUUCAAUUCAGAAGGAACAAGGGUUCUGCUACGGAGUACUACCUCCCUCCAUCCUGAUUUAUUGAUCCUCUAUGUAACUUGUGUCAAAUUUUAACCAAAUAUAUAAUUAACAAAAUGUUGAUGC